AUGGUUUAAUUCAUCAUGUUUAGAGGCGGGCGAGGAGGCGGCGGUGGCUUUCGCAGUGGUGGCGGCGGCGGCGGCUUCCGCGGCGGCCGCGGACGAGGAGGAGGACGACCUAGUUUUGGGAACCGCAGCUUUGAUAUGGGGCCUCCAGAACAGGUUACAGAACUAGGUCAUUUUAUACAUACUUCUCAAGAUGAUUUGAUUUUGAAAGCCAAAAUUGAAGAUGUGCCUUUUUUCAAUGCUCCUAUUUAUCUUGAAAAUAAGGAACAGAUAGGCAAAAUUGAUGAAAUAUUUGGUAAUAUAAAAAACUACAUGGUAUCUGUGAAGUUGGGAGAAGGAUUAAAAGCAGAAUCUUUCAAAAGAGGCCAAACACCUGGUGGCUUUGGUAGUAGAGUGGAGCGGGAGGCUUGGUUAAGGGGUGGUGGGGGUUUUGGUGGUCGAGGAAGAGGGGGUGGUGGUGGCUUUGGACGAGGGGGUGGAGGAUUCAGGGGUCGUUGA